AUGGAUCUCAAAUCAAGCUCAAUAAAGGAUUUGAAAGAUUUGCUACCGAUUGACGAUGAGUCGCUUGGUCAAAUGGUGGAUAAUGCCUUAAGUUUAGCAUCACAAACUGCAAUCACAGAAUAUUGGCUCGGACUACUAGGUGAAUCUCCAGAUGCUCUUGAUUUCAUUGGUAAAUUCACUUCAAGAUUGACUAAACCUUCUGCUCCUACUCAAAAGCCCAAAUUCCAAUCAGUGGAAAGAACACCAUCACCAUCAGGUAGCAAUAGUGGUCGAAACGUAAAGAACCCAUGGAAUCAACCAGUUGCAGAAAAACAAAAACUGAUAAACAAACCAAGAUUAGCAAAGAAUGUCAAUACAACCACUUCUCAACUUUUAGAUAAGCCACAGGAGAAACCUUCAAAACAAAGUGCUAAGCGUGACAAGCAGAGGAAAGUUGAUAAUUUAAAAGAUCUUGAUGAGAUUUUAAAGCAAUUAGAAAUAUCAGAUGGGAUCAAUACUGAUGAGAAAGUCGUCUGUAACUGUAUGGCUACAAGACAUCCAUUAUUUGAAGCUGCUCCUAAUUGUUUAAAUUGUGGGAAGAUCAUUUGUGUUAAAGAAGGUUAUAGGCCUUGUAGUUUUUGUGGUAAAGAAUUGAUUAGUUCUCAAGAGAAGCAACAAAUUAUUUCAAUGUUGAAGAAUGAAAAAAAUCAAUUGGAAUCACCAUCCAAAACACCUGAACCACCAUUGGUGGCAAAGACUAAGAAAAAGAAAAUAACUGUUGGUUCGGGUGCUGGUGUCAACCUGUGGACCCAACAAGAGGCAUUAUUCAAAAAACUGGAGGCUGAAGAUUUGAAAAGAGCUGAAUUGCAAAAGAAGCUACAAAAAGAAGCUAAGGAACGUGAGGAACAGAAUCGAGAACUAGAUUUUUAUAAUAGUCAGAAGGGAAUUGAUCCUGAUUUAUUAAAUGCACAAAAGAAUCUGGAGAAUUUGUUGAAUUUUCAAGCAAAUAGUGCAGAAAGAACUAAAAUCAUUGACCAAGCUUCAGAUUUUGAAAUACCCACAGGUUCAAAUCUGAAUAUGUGGUCAAGUAGUGUUGAAAAAGCGUUGCAAUUAAAGAAACAACAGAAGCAAAUGCGUAAACUUGAAAAGAAGCAAAAGGAACUGACAGGGAGAGGUAAAAAAGUUAUGGAUAUGAGUAUUGGGAAAGAUGGGAAAGUUGUUCUUCGAGAACGUAAAGGUGAAGAUCAUGAUAGUGAAGAUGAUGAAGCUGAUGAAGAGAUUAAAAAAUUGGAGCAAGACCUUCAACAAACUAAGGAUAAAAAGAAUGAAGAAGCUUUUCAAAAUGUUUGGGAUUUUGAAAAAGAUAAAUCUAAAUGGUCCAAACCAACAUAUACAGGGACUGAAGUUCAAGAUGAAGGAAGUACAAAAGAUGAUGAAUUGAAAUCCUCGAAAUGGGAAAGAGUUCAAUUACCUGGUGAGACUGGUGAUUUAGAGGAAAUACUAGUGGGAUUAUGA